CUAUCUAAUACUCCAAGCCUCAGAUCGGGGCUAUAAAAACCCCUACCGGGAGCAUAAUAAACAAACACGCUCUUUUGUCUCCUUGGCUCAUACUCAGAUAGGCUCAAGAUCGAAAUGCAACUCAGGCUGAGGUUGCAAGGAUAGCCUGGCCUUUGCUAACCUACCGCGACCACAAUGGAGCUAUGAUACAACAGCUGGAUCGCCAUAAACUCAAAGGCAGUAGGGAGGAGAUUGUCACUACGUGUACUAGGCGCAAACCAAGUGGAGCCCAAAACCCAAGCGUUUGCCCAGCUGUUUGCCCAACUGCUUGUCCAAGCGUUUGCCCAACUGUUUGCCCAGCUGUUUCCCCAAGUAUUUACCAAGUGUUUGCCCAAGUGUUAGCCCAAGUGCCCACACUGCACUCCUUUUUGCCUGAUCUCCAAUCGUGCGCUCUCUGGUGUCCAAGAUUUGGCACUGCGAUUUCCCCACAGCUGCCUGGUCGAUCCUCUUUACCGUCUUAGAGAGGUGCGGGAAUGUACGCAGAACGCCUGCACGGAGCAUUCCGGGUGCGCCAAACUGGCAAGCAUCUGUGAAAAUGCUCACUGCAUCGGACACCCGCACCCUGCUCUAUGAAGCAACACUCGGAGACCAUCCGACCGAGCCUCAAGUUCUCUUUUCCGAAGGGCUGCCAUUUGCCUUCACGCCCAAGAAGUCAUGGAUAUAACCUGAGUUGGUUGCAAUGCUGGUGUGCAGAAUUACAGGCUCUGUCCCUGCAAAUUCAGCAAUAUGACGGGUGGGUCUUCAGCGGAGCUGGAGGUCAUUCCCUUUUUAAUUUACGAAGUAGCUAGGAAUAAACACAU